CAGACGGAGCCGGCCUCGCCAGCGCUUGGACGACGGAUGUUGAGGAGGACCUGGCUCAACGCCUCCUCCGCGGCACCCAUGGCGACGAGGCGCCUACUUUAAAGGAGUUAGGGGGCUUUGUCCAGAUCUGGGCGAUUCCGGAUCCGGCUGCUCCUGCUCUCGCCUCGCCCUGUCAUUGAUGGGAAAUCAACUGGAUCGCAUCACCCACCUGAAUUACAGCGAGCUGCCGACCGGGGACCCUUCGGGGAUCGAGAAGGACGAGCUGCGCGUCGGGGUGGCUUACUUCUUUUCGGAUGAGGAGGAGGAUCUGGACGAGAGAGGGCAGCCGGACAAGUACAGCGUGAAGGGCUCCAGCAGCCCUGCCCAAGAGACCCCCACCCACCACCACCACCACCCGCCGCAGCUGGUGCUGAGCGAGACCCAGUUCUCCGCCUUCCGCGGCCAGGAAUGCAUCUUCUCCAAGGUGAGCGGCGACCCCCAGGCUGGAGAUUUGAGCGUCUACCCGGUGUCGGCCCUGCCUGCCCUAUGCAAGCCAGGAGAUCUACUGGAGCUGCUCUACUUGGGGCCGUCCGACCACCCUCCGCUGCCCCCUCAUUGGGCAGUCUAUGUGGGCAGCGGUCAGAUCAUCCAUUUGAACCACGGCAAGAUUAGCCAGGACAGCUUGUACGAGGCGGACGCGGGCAACGUGGGCCGGGUGGUGAGUAGCUGGUACCGCUACCGCCCCCUGGUGGCGGAGUUGGUGGUGCAGAACGCCUGCAGCCACCUGGGCUUACAAAGCCACGAGAUCUGCUGGACGAACUCGGAGAGCUUCGCCGCUUGGUGCCGCUUCGGCAAAAGGGAGUUCAAAGCGGGCGGUGAGCUGCAGCCUGCCUCGGGCUCUCAGCCCCAGCACCAAUACUAUCUCAAGAUCCACCUGGCAGACAACAAAGCGCACACGUUGCGGUUCCAAAGCCUGGAGGACCUAAUCAGGGAGAAGCGCAGGAUCGACGCCAGCGGCAAACUGAGGGUGAUCAAAGAGCUGGCGAUCGUGGAUGGCAAAGAAUAAAAAAGAGGGGGCCUUGCUAAAGUGGGGGGAGGAGAGCACCUGACCAGCCCGAGCGAGCCGGGCCGGUGUGCUGCACACAGUCCGCCCUCCUGCCUGACUCACUAGCCCACGUGGCUGGCCGCCCUCUUUCCCUUCUCUCUCUCUCUCGUUCUCUUUCAUCCCUCUCCUCCAUUCCUCGAGGAAAAACCAUGGCAACAUUCCAAACCAGACCAGCAUUGUUCCUCCCCCUUCUAUUGGCCGGUGAUUGGUUCGCCUUCGACUAACACUAAUAGUAAUAAUGAUCCCGAUGACAGACAGAGAGAAGGGGGUGGGGCAGAGAGAGAGAAAGAUCGAUGCAGUUAGCAAAGUGUGUGGACAAAAGUCACUCCUGGCUAUCGAUGUUCAUCAUAUUUCCCACCGUGCUUAAUAAAAUUACAAAUUUGAUAUAUA